ACCCAGCGCGACCGUUAGGGGGACGAAUGCGGUGGUACCAAAGAGGAGAAAAAAUUUGACCGACGGUGCCGGGUGAUGUGAAAAGUCGGAAUACCCGAUCAAAACAACACUUAUCCAGGCGCAUGUUUCGACCAAGUAAGGGACUAUGAAAAACACCAUUUGUCAGAGGGUCAUGGGCACGUCUGAUUCGUGAGAGAGAUUUGCACCAUUGGCAAUUUCUUGUGGAACACUGUCCUGACUAUCGACUGACAGCAGUACUUCCCAGUCCGCCAACCUCUCCGUUUUUCUUUAUCUCGAUCCUCAAGUCUUUGAAAGAAGGAACGUCACUGAGGGACCGGAGAACUCCCAACCAGACACUUGCCACACUUCCCAUCACCUCAUCCUGACCUCCCCCAGAGGGAGAGAACAGCAGCCACAGCCACCAUGGUGCUGUCACAGAGACAAAGAGACGAACUAAACCGGGCCAUAGCCGAUUAUCUCCGUUCCAAUGGAUAUGAGGAGGCCUACUCCACCUUUAAGAAAGAGGCAGAGUUAGAUAUGAAUGAAGAGGUAGAUAAAAAGUAUGCUGGACUUUUGGAAAAAAAAUGGACCUCGGUCAUCAGAUUACAGAAGAAGGUAAUGGAGUUGGAGUCAAAGCUGAAUGAAGCGAAGGAGGAAAUGACAAUUGGUGGGUCUGUGGGCCAAAAGAGAGACCCCAAGGAGUGGAUCCCCCGUCCCCCAGAGAGAUACGCCUUGAGUGGGCACCGCGCUCCAGUCACACGUGUCAUAUUCCACCCUGUCUUCUCUGUCAUGGUCACAGCCUCUGAGGAUGCUACCAUCAAGGUGUGGGACUAUGAGGCGGGGGACUUUGAGCGAACCCUCAAGGGCCACACAGACUCGGUGCAGGACAUCUCCUUUGACCAGACGGGGAAACUGCUGGCUUCAUGUUCUGCUGAUAUGAGCAUCAAACUUUGGGACUUCCAGGGUUUUGAAUGUAUCCGAACAAUGCAUGGACACGACCACAAUGUGUCGUCUGUAGCUAUCAUGCCCAAUGGAGACCACAUAGUGUCUGCCUCCAGAGACAAGACCAUCAAGAUGUGGGAGGUGGCCACUGGGUACUGUGUGAAGACAUUUACAGGCCACAGGGAGUGGGUGAGGAUGGUUCGUCCCAACCAGGACGGUUCGUUGAUUGCCAGCUGCUCCAACGACCAGACAGUGCGUGUCUGGGUGGCUGCCUCUAAGGAAUGUAAGGCUGAAUUGCGGGAGCAUGAACAUGUGGUGGAGUGUAUCGCCUGGGCACCCGACAGCGCCCACCCAACCAUCCUGGAGGCCACAGGUUCAGAGAACAAGAAGAGUGGAAAACCUGGCCCCUUCUUGCUCUCUGGAUCCAGAGAUAAAACAAUUAAGAUGUGGGAUGUCAGUACUGGCAUGUGCCUUAUGACUCUGGUGGGUCAUGACAACUGGGUGCGUGGGGUGUUGGUGCAUCCUGGAGGCAGGUUCAUUGUGAGCUGUGCUGAUGACAAAACCCUUAGGAUCUGGGACUACAAGAACAAACGCUGCAUGAAGACCUUGUGUGCCCAUGAACACUUUGUUACCUCUUUGGAUUUCCACAAGACUGCUCCCUACGUGGUGACAGGCAGUGUCGAUCAGACAGUCAAAGUCUGGGAGUGCCGCUGAGACUGCCUCAGAAUCCUGCCCUGCCCUCCCAUUUCCCCCCGUGCCCUGCCCCACCCUGCCCUGUCCCUCUCUACUCCAAAAGCAGCCCUGUAGCCCCCCCCACCCAACCCUAACCCGCCCCUGCAGGUCAGUCCUUUUCCGUCUGUCCUCACACCCAUCCAAACCCUGCCUCUCGCACUCCAAACCAUAGCUGACCUUUGCUCCUUACUUCCUCACCCCUCCCCCUCCCCCCUCCAGUCCUUCCCUCUUCCCCUACACCAGUCUAGCCCUAUUAAGAUGACUAUUGUCCUUUUAUGUAAAUUAUUCUGGAUGUAGGGUACGCUUAAUAAAUGUCACGCAAUCUCUGACACAUAAACACACUCAAAAGAAAAGAAGUAUUCCUUGCAUGGUGAAUCAAAAAAAAUUGUAUACUGUUGAAUUUGCCGAAUUUGCAUACUGUUGUCAUGACUUCCUAUCGGGUCAAUGGGUAAAAUAUCCUUGUGUGCUGGCGCAGGUGGAUUCUAGGUAACUGACAGUGCACGAAAACCAAUUGCACCCCGUGUUGAAGGGGGUUUAGUUUUUUUCUUUAGUUUUGUUUUAUUCCAUGCCUCCAAUGUUGUAGUCUGUUGCUGCGUGUAUGGUGGAAGAGAGGGUGUGAAGAAAGUAAGCGUGAAAGAAAGGGAACACAAAAGGACAAGUGGAGGGUUUCAAGGAGAAGACGGAAGGAAGAUGAGGAGAAGAAAAAAUUGAAGCUGGAUGCAGCCCCGUCGUAGAAUCUCACAAGGUUCUGUGGUUGAGCGAGUGUGUAUGUGUAUGUAUACACUGUGUGUGUGUGUGCGUCUGUUUGUCUGUAUAUUAUGACAGGAGAAUCUCUCUCCACCAUCUCUGCUCUGAUGGAUGCAAGGCGAGUUGGUCAGAGGAGAGAGGGCAGGAGGCAAAGCUUCUCACCCACUGUGUUCAUUCAUACUACUUCAUCUCUUUAACAACUUGCUUUUUAGUAGACACUCACAGGACCUUAACGAUCCCUAUGCUGCUGAGAGCACAGGCUCACACCCCAUAGCGAAGGUGUAUUUUACAGAGGAAAAAGUCUGCUCACCUUAUGAGGUUUGUGUGUGUAUAUUGUCCCAGAGAAUCCCCCCCAGUGCCCUCUUGCUCGCUAUCUCUGCCUUGUUAACCCACUGAGGGCUCCCUCACAUGGGAUUUUCAUUCUGCUUUCUGUGGUCUCACUGCUCUCUUUACGCACACAUACACAUACACUCACAAAUGCACAUACACACGCACAGUAAAAAAAAAUUGUGUAUCAAUAUAUCUGGAUGUCAUUGUUUGCAACAUAAUGAAAUAAAAAUCUGUAAAUAUA